UUCUUGCAAAUGUUCACUCCUCACUAUCUCACCUUGAUGAUGAAUCUUUGAUGUAUGAAAUUAUUAAGUUUCAUUUUCUUUAUAAUUUAGUUUUCAAGUUUUGAGAAGUUGAUCACUUAUGGGUACCAAAAAAAUUGUUAUGCUAAAAACUCAUAUUGAUUCAAUCAUGUUAUGUUUUCCUAAUGAUUUUGUUUAUGAAAACAUGAUUUGGGUUUUGGCUUCUAUAUGGAUUUUCCUAUGCAACUAUGUGCUUCAUUUCAUUGGUUUGAUACUCACAUACAUAUUCAGAAAAAAUGAGCAACUUGCUCCACUUGUUAUGGUUGAACAAACCAAGAGGAAUGAUUUUGAAUUUUAUGAGAUUGGUAAGUUCAGAGAAGAGAUAGCUAAUUUGAUAGUUCCAAGCAAUGAAGAUUUUUAUAUUGCAAGUGAAGGAAUAGAAGGAGAAGUAGAGUAUUCUGUUUUUGAAAGGAUUGACUCUAAUGAUGAGAAAGGAAAAGGAGAAAUAAAUUGUUAUGUUUUGAAGAAGAAAGAUGAAGAUGAUAAGAAAAAUGAAGGUGAAAUAAAAGGACCUGUUUUUAUGAAUAGUAAUUGUGAUGAUGUUAAGAAAAUAGAUGAAAAAGAAACAGAGUGCUCUGUUUUUAAAAUGGGUGAUUCCAAUUUUCAUCAAGAUGGUAGGGUGAAUGGAGAAAAUUUUCAAGAAGAAGAAGAAGAAACAAAAGUGUCUUUUUUUAUGGAUAAUAGCUAUGGUCCAACAACAAGUAAUGUUCAAUUUGUGUCACAAAAUGAUAUUGGUGAUUUGGAAGAAGAACCUAUGGCCUUUACAAGCUUUUCUUUUCUAAGAAAUGUUUCCAUCAAUGAAAAUAAUGCCAAGGGGUUAUUAGAGCAUGAAUUAGAGGCAUAUCAUGUUGAUCAAGGAGAAGGUGAAGAGAAUUUUUUUAAAUAUAAGAUUAUAGGCUCUAACAAUUCUAGUGAAGAAUUUGAGUGUGAAAAUCAUAUGCAAGUUGAAGGUUCGAAGGAAACACAAUUUUCAUGUGAUAGAGAAGAAAUUUCACAUGAUUUAGUUGAUUACAAAAAUGAAAAGGAAGAUUCGUCAUGCCAAGGAGAAGAGACAUAUAAUGAAAUAAUGUAUGACGGAAAUUUGGAUGAAAUGGAAUAUGAAGAAGAAAAUGAGGAUGAAUAUGAGUAUGAGAAUGAUAAGGUAAUGGAACAAAUCAAAUUAGAAUUGAAAAUGGCAAGACAAGGAGGUCUUGCAACAAUUUACGAAGAUGAAGAAAGAGAUUACUCUUUAAAAGUUGUUAAAGAGGAGAUCCAACCAUUGAGCAUUGAAGAGAAGAUGGAAUACAAAGAUCACAUUGUUGAAAUUCAAAAGGUUUAUAGAUGUUAUGCACAAAAAAUAAAGAAACUUGAUGUCUUGAGUUAUCAAACCAUGCAUGCAAUAGGUCUUCUUCAACUAAAAGACUCUUCAAAAUUUGUUUUAAUGGAGAAAUCAAUCCGCAAACAUGUUAAGUCUUUAGUGAUUUCUCAUAAUUUGUGGUCAUGCAAAGUGCAAAAGAACACAUUUGACCCAAUGUUGAAGUUUGUUAAUGAAUUGCAUAGGGAUUUGGAACUUGUUUAUGUUAGCCAAAUUUGCCUCUCCUGGGAAAUCCUAUGUUGGCAGCAUGAGAAAAUUCAAGAGUUGAAAAAAUAUGAUUCACAAUGGCCUCGUAGGUACAAUAUAGUUGUCGGUGAAUUUCAACUUUUUCAAGUUCUUUUGCAACGGUUUUUAGAGGAUGAGCCAUUUCAACAAGAUCAUAGGGUUCAAUAUUAUGCCAAGAGUCGAUGUCUUAAUCCCAAUUUGCUCAAAGUUCCAACCAUAAAAGAUGAUAGUGCAAGGGAUAAGAAAAAAGUUAAAUGGGGUGAAGAGGAUGCAAUUGGUUGUGAAAUGUUAGAGCACAUAAUUAAGGAAUCCAUGCAAGUUUUUUUGGAAUUUGUGAAUGCUGAUAAAUAUGAUGGAAAUGUGUUUCAUAAAGCAUCUCAUUAUAGAGAAAAUGAGGUCAACCAUAAAGAAAUUUUUUGUGUUCUUGGAGAUAUUCGGACCCAAUUACUUCAGAAGGAGAGAAAGCUCAAGGACAAAUUGAGAAGCGGAAAUUGCAUAGUUAAAAAGUUCCAAAAACACAAUAAGGGUCAAAUUCAAUUGGAUCAUGAUAUGUUGAUUGCUCAAGUGGGGUUCAAGUUGAUUUCAAGAGUGAUAAACAUACAAAAAUUGAGAAAAGAUCACCUAACAUGGUGUAGUGAAAAACUAAACCAAAUCAAUUUUGUUGACAAGAAGAUUUUAGUGGAUGCUUCAUUUUUGCUUUUUCCUUGUUAAUUCAUAUAUAUAUUUUAUUUCUUCAAAUAUAGAGAUCCAUAUAGAAAAGAGAUAUGUAUACAUAAGAUUUGGACUUAAUUUAUUAUGUAGUCUUAAUGUAUGUGUAUACGCAUCAAAGUUAACUAAUUUAUAAAAUGCAAUUGCGAGAUUUUGGUA